CAGAAAGCCUGAAAAACACGUUACGCCGACCCACCAAUCAUGUAGCUUUUCUCUGCAUCCGGAGCAACAGCAGCAGCAGGUCUCUGCUCUCUGCUCUCUGCUCUCUGAGCCACCAGCCACCAGCCACCAGCCAUAGCAUUUCCCCUCUCUGGUAAUCAUUUUAGGUGUUUUUUAAUUGAGCGGUGAGUCUGAGAAUCAGAGUCCGGGUUUUGGUGAUGGAUGUUGCUGAGAGAACCGCCCCGGUGAGCCGGCUGGAGAGAAGCGGCCACACGGCCUUCAUAGACAACAACACGCUGUACGUCUGGGGAGGAUACCAGGUAGUUGCUGGAGAGGACGUCAUGUUGCCCAGUGAUGAGAUAUGGCUCUGUGAUUUAGACAGCGGGACGUGGGAGCGGCGGGAGAUCACUGGUGACAAACCCCCAGACUUAUCCGGCUUCUGUGGCUCUUAUGUUAACGGCACGCUCUACAUCUUUGCAGGAUGUGACCCCGUUGCACACACAAACCAGAUGUUCAGCGUUGACCUUAGGGAACAGAACUGCCUGUGGAAGAAGGUGACAGACGCCAAGGGAACGACACCCUCACCGCGAAACAAACACUCCUGCUGGGUUCACCGAGACAGAUUAAUCUACUUUGGUGGCUAUGGAUGUAAGACUAUAGGGGAGGUACGAAACGCAUCAACGUCAAGCUUCGUCAUGGAAGAGAUGUCCUGGACAACAAUUGGAAACACGUUAUUUAGGUGCUGGGGCUGGAACAAUGAAGUCUGUGUUUUUGACACCAAUACGGCUAUGUGGAGCAUGCCAGAGACUCGGGGUCCUGCUCCUGCCCCCAGAGGCUGCCAUGCCAGUGCCCUUCUGAUGAACAAAGGUUACAUCUCUGGUGGCACGGAAAUGCCAGAGUUGGACAUGUUCUGCUUAGACCUGGAAACAUGGAUGUGGACUAAAUUUGACAUCCCUGCGUCCUGUGUACCACUGGGGCGCUCUAUGUUCACCAUGACGCCCAUGUCAGAUCACACACUCUUCAUAUACGGAGGUCUAGGCACUCACGGAAACACUCUCAACGAUGCCUGGCAGUUUAACACGCAAAAGAGAGCGUGGAACAAGGUGAUGCACCCACACCAGGACAAGCCCAGAGUGUGUCACACAGCGUGCCUGGGAAAUGACAACGAUGUCGUUGUGUUCGGGGGAAGCAGCAACAUGGUCAUCGUCAUGGACUCGGUGGCUGUUCUGGUGGCUCCUUCAGAUAAUCACUGCAGAGACGUGAUCAUUUUUCAGGCCAACCCGUACUCUCUCUUCAGAUUGUGUGAAGACUUCAUAGGAAGAAACCCCAAGCUGUUUGGGAAGUAUCUGGACUGGCUUCCGUCAAAGAUACACAACAAAAUCGACAAGCGAGUGGCUUUUUUCUCUGCUAUGAAGCCUGUUCUUACAGCUUGAAGAGGACUGGUUUGUUUUUUAGAAUCUGAGCCAGUCA